AUGAAUGAGGACAUUCUCAUUAUCACACUCUUGGCUUUUCUAGAUUCCCAACAAUGGGGCUUUCAUUGUUGGUUUAGUGGAUUCAGCUUGGAGCCUCGAGGCAGGACUUCUGUUUGUGGAGAACUUGAUAAACCUCUUGGGCUUAGGGAGGAAACAGUGGCUUUUCUGCAGGACUCCACACACCACCCUCUCCAGCCCUUCCAGACAUGCCGGAGCCCUUGGGGGUGUCCACCUCCUUUUCCCUUAGGAACAAGUUCUAAUGCAUCCUUGAGGUACUUGUAUGGGUCCCUUUAUUUAAAAUAUAGUAUAAAACUUCCAAAUACUCAAAAGCAGAGAGACUGGCACAGAGGACCCUCUCACACAUUCUGUGACAUUUCCUGCAAUUGCACUGUUGUUGUGACAUAA